GGAGAGGUCUCCAUUGGUGCGCCCCCCUUGGACUCGGUGCUAUAACAGCGCCCGGGAGGCAGAGCUCGUCCUCCCGGCGCGCUGCGUGAGCGCUGGGCAGUCUCCUCCCUCCCUCUUUCCCUUCCCGCCUCCUUCGUUACCCAGAGGGCGGGGGAAGCUGCCUGAGAGGCAGCGCGGAAAUGGAGCCGGAGGCCGCGGGAGCUCGAGCAGGGCCAGGCGGCGGCAACAGCUGAGGAGGAGGAGGAGGAAGCGGCCGAAAGGCGCAAAACAGCAUGGUGGGGCCGCGCCUCCCGCCGCUGCCCUCCUGAGCCUCUUCCUCCUCACGCUGCACCGGCGACGCUGGAGGAGGCCGGCGCUGCAUGGGGCGGACGCGGCGGCGGGUUGCUGAGCAACUCCGGCCUGGAGAAGAGGCUUCUCUGCGUCGCUUUCCCCCCUUUUGCAGAGCGAAGAGGGCCUUCCGUGCCGCCGCGCCCAGGGCCCCAGCGGGGAUGUAAGCGGCGAGGAGGGGCGGAUGCGCAGAGAGCAGUUUCGGCCCAGCGGAGGAGCUCCCCCACUGAAGGGGCUUGCUGCGUUGAACAGCUACCUCCAGGGCGCUUGUUUCGGAGAACCAAUAAAAGUUAUAUGGCUCACAUCUGACAUCAUGCACCACCGGUGGCUGCUGUUAGCUGCAUGCUUUUGGGUAAUAUUCAUGUUCAUGGUUGCAAGCAAGUUCAUCACAUUGACCUUCAAAGAUCCUGAUGCAUAUGGUGCUAAGCAAGAGCCGUUAAAGCCAACAGCUGUCACUGAAGUAGAGAAGAUUCAUGAGAUAAAAGAGAAAAGCUUGCCUGGAGAGUUUCAGACAAUAGGAAGAGGUCUUUCUGAAGAUCAUCGACAUCGACCUCUGGUCCAUGUGGAAAGGCUUGAACUACUCAGGAAUAUGUGCCAAGAUACAUCACUUAGAAACCUCACCCAUAGUACUAUUUCAAAGUUUGUUUUGGACCGAAUAUUUGUAUGUGACAAGCACAAGAUUCUCUUCUGUCAAACUCCGAAAGUUGGCAAUACUCAGUGGAAGAAAGUCUUGAUUGUUUUAAAUGGAGCUUUUUCUUCCAUAGAAGAGAUCCCAGAGAGCAUUGUGCAUGACCAUGAGAAGAAUGGUCUGCCACGCUUAUCUUCCUUUAGUGACUCUGAAAUACAGAAAAGAUUGAAACUGUACUUCAAAUUCUUUAUUGUAAGAGAUCCUUUUGAAAGGCUAAUUUCUGCGUUUAAGGACAAGUUUGUCCACAAUCCUCGAUUUGAACCUUGGUAUAGACAUGAAAUUGCACCUGGCAUAAUUCGAAAAUAUAGAAAGAAUCGCACUGAGACAAGAGGGCUUCAAUUUGAGGACUUUGUGCGCUACUUGGGUGAUCCAAAUCAUCGAUGGUUGGACCUACAAUUUGGAGACCACAUAAUUCAUUGGGUAACCUAUGUGGAACUUUGUGCCCCUUGUGAAAUUACAUACAGUGUUGUUGGGCAUCAUGAAACACUGGAAGAAGAUGCACCAUACAUCCUGAAGGAGGCAAGAAUAGACCAUCUGGUGUCAUAUCCCACAAUUCCACCAGGCAUAACAGUGUACAACAAAACCAAGGUGGAGCAUUACUUCUCAGGAGUUAGCAAGAGAGAUAUACGACGCCUUUAUGCUCGCUUUGAAGGAGACUUCAAACUUUUUGGCUACCAAAAGCCGGAUUUCCUACUAAACUGACACCUAAAAGCUGUGAAUAUUAAUGAACUGCUGUAUUAAACAAAAACUGUACAGAUAAUCUGCAUACCUGAGAUUCUGUUCUUUCCCUUAGGUUUCAGAAAUUGUUUGAUAUUUCUGUUGAACGCUUAGGGUCAGCUUGAAUUAUGAAUUGUUAGCUACUGAAAAUAGUUUUAAUAUAUGACACUGCAAUAUGUUAUGAUCAAAAUAUAUGAAAAGAGAUUUCCUCUUUCCCUUACCAAAUAGAGGAUGGACCAAUAACUUAUAUUAAAAAUUUCAAAAUGAAUGCAUUGUAAAGAAGAUUAGAAAAGGUAGUAGUUUUACUCUAAAGUAAGUGGACUAAAGAUUAGAUUAUGAAGUUUAGAGGUCAACUAUGGACCAAAAAAAAAGAGUGUUUUAUACGGGAAGAAAACUUUCAGAUUCUACUCUGGGCUUUUGAAGGUCUUUUUGUUUUUCUUGGUUCUUGCCAUAGCCUUGUAAUAGCUAUUUCAUUGCUGCUUGUUCAGGCCAUACCAUUGUGCAUUUCAGCCAAUAAUUUCUGAGCGCAUCUGAAAUCAAAUGGAAUAUCUUGCAAGAGGAACAUAGGUCCCACUUAAAAAUGGACCACUGAGAAAAUUUUAAAAUGCAAGAUUUUUUUAAUCUGCAAGAUUGAUUUCAGCAUCCUACAUUUACUGUGCAUUUUGCCAAGGAGUGAUAAACCUACAUGUUUUACCAUGAUUUAUUUUUCUAAUGGUGCUGGCUAUCCUAAUAAUUAGAUAAGCCAUGAAAAUACAUAUGCGUUUAAGAGUUGCCAUAGUACAUUGGAUCAAUCCUCCACUUACACCCAGUAUUCUGUCUUUUGGGAUGGUUCUCAAUUUAAGAAAUUAUCAUACAGUAGGACAGUGGGCUUCCAUGCUCAUUAUCUCUGUAUGUACAAUGUCACUAUAUAAUGCAAGACAUAUGAGUAAUCCCGGUGAUCCUUACUUUCUUGGAAAGAAUGUGGAAAGUAACUCCCUACAGACACAUUCAUAUAUAUGCCACAAUUGUAUAGAGUAAGGCACAAGUGCACCUACUGUUCCAUUGUAUACUUGGUAUUUUGGACACUGAAAAUACAAAUUGGCCCUUGCAGUAUCACUUCAAAUGGCAGAAAAGCCAAAUUUGUGUUUGUUAAAAAAAUCUUAAGUUUUCACAGAUGGGUUUUCUCCAUACAUAAGAUCAUCCAUAUAAAACAAGUGAAUAAUUUGACACUUUAGACUAAAAGUUUGAAGAGCAGUAUCUGUCUGCUUACAUUUGCUUAAGUUUUAACAGCAAAAUUAUGUGCCCAGAAAAAUAGUACUAAGUUCAAUUUGUGCAUGUAGAGUGUUCUUUAUUGGACCAAGGACAAUUUGUGUGUGUGUGUGUUCACCAGCAAUAAAACCUCCUGUUAAUCAUAUUUGCUGCAGUGUGUUGCCAGGAGGAGAAAGAAUGGUUGCAGUUUAGGUAAUAUUGAGCCAAAGUUUUCUUUUGGACAGCCCUCUUGACAUUUGUCAUAAAAGGUUUGGCCAUUAUUGUAGUUGUGUCUUACUUGCCUAGCCAAAAGUAGUCAAAACGGCAGGAAAAUUAAGAAUAUUUUAACCUCUUAAAUCUGGCCACAGUAUAAUUCUCAAGAAUUUGUUUUGUAUUUCUAAACUUGAAAAAAAAAUUAGUGCCAAAACUGCUGUUUCUUGCAAAAAUGAAGCCUGUAUGAGCCAGAUCUUUCAUUGACUAAGUUCAUUCUACAUUGAAUGAGAUGUUGGGUAGAUGUGGGAGAAUUCUGGAAUAUAAGGUCACCUGACUACAGGAUUGAAUGAAUGCUCCUAAGACUGUUUCUGAAGAAAACUGUGCAAGUAAUAGUCUCAUCAGGGAGCUUUUCAUGAACAUGUGAAGCUGCCUUAUACCAGAUUCUAUCCAACCAUAUAGUUCCAAAGACUUAAGGACACUUAAGUUUUCAGUAGAGGGUGUGGUAAUUACUACCAGUUCCUGCUGCAGACCUCUGUUGCUUUUAAGGGACUGCUGUGAGACCUGAGGAACAAAGUUCAAGAAGGGCUGCAGUGGGAUGGAGGAAGAGGUAGAAAUUUCUGCCUCCUUAUCCAAAAACUUAAGGCCAUAAAGUCUUCUAAGUUUUAGGUUGGGCACAGGACACAGAGUCAGACCAUUAGUAUGUCUAUCUUAGCUGAUGUCUACUCUGACUUACGAUGGCUUUCCAAAGUCUCAGACAGGGAAGGGUCUUUUUGAAUCCUUGCUAGUUGAGAUCCAUAAAUUAGAAAUGCCUGGGACUUCUGUGUGCAAAGCAUGUGAGUCACCCCCUGGACCACAGCCCCUGCUCUUUAGGAGGACAGGGGAAUAUUCCAAAAAAGUGCUUCCAUCUUCCCAUGCAUGUAUGUGUAGCCUGAAAUGAUUCAGUCCAGACUCUCGUACCUCAUUAUCAUACUCUGAUUUAUCUAAGUGAGAAUUGUUAAGGGAUAUUUCUCAAUCAGCUGUGUCUUUUAUGGCUAUUCCUUCUCUGCAAGAAAACAACAUGUAUAUUGUUAUGUAUCUGUGUGCUCCCCCCCACACACACCAAUGUAGAAGGGAUAGCCAUGUAAGACAGUCAUUACACAUGAAGCUGCCUUUAAUGAUUUGUUAAUGAGAGACAUGUCCAAGGUGGCAAAGCGCAAAGUGCUGUUGUGAUUCUUUUGGGGGGAGGGCCAUAUUUACAAUACCUUCGGUCCAGUAGGUCUUAACUGAUAUUUAAAUCUCAGUUAUUUUUUUAUACAAGUUUAGACAAGUAUGUUGUUUAAUGUAUUUCAGGACUAAUGAUCUGAUCCAGUUACCUCUCUGCUAAAUUAAAAUGUAAUAAUGUGAGAAAUGUAUAGCAGAACAAGGCCUUAAAAAGCUAAUUCUAAUAAAGAAAAGUCCAGUUCC